AUGUCUGCAGGUUACAAAUGUCCCUACGACAACUUGCUAAUUUUGAAUUUUGCCACGACUCGCGAUGAGAACAAUUACGACUACGCUUCAGAGAUUAUUCAGUUCAGCGUUAUUGUUCUCAAUACAAAAGAGAAAAAGAUCAGAGAGGAUGUGAAGUUUGAUAAGUUUGUGCGACCGAUCAUCAAUCCCACGCUCAGUGAUUACUGUACAAAUCACACAGGUAUUUCUCAGAACACGGUUGAUUCCGCGGAGCCCUUCCCAGUGGUCUUUGAAGAAUUCAGCGCAUGGCUCCAAGAGAAUGAUUUCCAAGAGACUCGCUACGCAUUCGUCGUGUUCAGUCGUCGAGACUUGUGGUUCAUCGCGCAGUAUCAAUUCCUGCUUGUCAAGCAGCCACUUCCUGCGAUGUUCAAACAGUGGGUAGACAUGAACGCAACUAUGAAGAAGGCGCAGCAGGGGCAAGAUUACCAUAGACCAGAAGAGGUUAGUCAAGUUCCAAAUCUUCAAAUGAGAUUUAAAAAAUUAGGAAAAAAUCAAUAUUUUCAGAACAUCAUCCAGGACAUGUCCAACAUUUACAACAUACCGUACGAGGGAACCGCUCACAACGCUAUGGACAAUUGUCAUUUUCUCGCAAAAAUUACAAAAAGGGUUCUCGACGAUGGAAAUUUGGUGGUUGUCAACGAAAGGCUUCAAUGCACAUUCGGCGUAAGUAUUUCUGGCGUGAUGUUCGCAGUCAUGACAAUCGACUUCUUUCAGUAUCGUGUAAUGCCAUUAACUGUUGAUCCACAGUGGAAAACCAUUUACCGUUCGGCGAUGGAAGUGUUGCAACGAAUUCUGCCAUUAGCUGCUUUGCAUAUCCGGUGGUUUUUACCCGAAGAUGAUUAUGGCGUGUGUCCCUAUUGCAAACAGCCAGCCGAUGUGUGCACCGGAAUGGAGCACAAGCAGUAUCCAACAAAUGUGUACGAGCAGCUCAGGGAGCCGAGUGUGUUCGCCGUCACGGCAGGACUCGUGAAAGAACCAGUCCAACAAUCGGGCCACUUCCAUCCAAAUAGGUACAAUGAAACGGGAGAAUUUAAAGCGGCUGGCGUUCACGGAAAAGCCGUUUCGGUCGUCGACACAUUUCACAACAGAGAGGGUCUCAUCAUGAAGAGUACUUCGCGUCCCGAAGACUACCGUCGAGAAUUGACAGUGUUGCAAGCCAUGAGACAGCGACCAGGCUUCCCAAAUCUCUACGACUUUUUCACCGCUCCUGCACAACAUGACGCUGUACAAUAUUGCUUGAUCAUGGACUACGAAGGAGAUUGUCUCCAUACCGUUUCUAAGCGCACAGAAGGAGGGAUCUCCAACUUCAACCUGAUGAGAAUCGCCUUCAAACUGCUUUGGACAUUGGAAUCCCUUCACAUGCACGGUUUUUGCCACCGAGACAUGCACGCUGGCAAUGUACUUAUCCGACGCGAGUAUGAUGGGAUUGUUCGCAUCAAACUAAUCGACUUCGGCAUGUCUCUCCCGCUGAACCCACCACCAAUCCCAGAAACUAAUCUGACGUCGUGGCACGCUAGCUUACAAGUGUGUCGGCACGAAGCUUACACCAGAUUCGAUGAUUUAACUUCUGGUAUUUUUGUUGCGAUGUGGUCCAUUGGUCUCAACCCGUUCGGCGAUGAAAAGGAUCAGUAUCUCGCGAAAAAAGCUACCUUUGAUCAAGAUCCAUUCUUCCAUUUAAACAGUAAUCUGAAAUGGUUGGCUCAAUUGUAUUCUGAAGUUGAUUAUCAAAGAACCGCAGGCUACUCGCACCAUGAUCUGUUUGAGAUCUUCUACAGGUUCAACCCAGAUUUCGAGCCAACAAGCCCAAUCACUCACACCGUUACUGACAAUCAGCUCAUUAUCGAAUAG